AUGAUGAGUGUUCAACUGAUAAAUUCAUGGAUAACUGUUGGUAUCAUGUCAUUCGGGUUGGUAACAAAUAUUCUAGUAUGGAUAACUGCGAGAAAAUUGAAUUCAAUGAGAAGCUCGUUCGGAAUCAUUACAAAAAAUCAAGCAAUCUGCAAUAUUUUAAUGUGUCUCCUGUUUUUGAUCUUCGUCGGACCGCUUCAAUUCACACCUCUAAAACUACCGUACAAAGAGUCUCGAUUCGUUGGAACUGUAUCAAUGAUAAUCUAUGAGAUCGCUGCUCAACUCAACUUUUUCAACUCGUUGAAUCGUUUCUGUGCCGUCUACAUGAUAUUUUACUACGAUCGCAUAUUCUCCAACUUCAACACCUACUGUCUCAGAAAUUUCGCAAUCGUUGUUUCCGUGGCGAUGUGCGUCACCUUCUAUGAGUUCUUCGGAUGCUCUCUUUAUUUCGAGACGGAGUUUUGGUAUUUUGCGUAUCCUGAAGACGAGCAUUGUGACUCUCUCACAUGGUAUUGUGACUUUGUUUUCAAUAUUGGGCUCGUUGUUUCAACGAUGAUUUUGAAUUUAUUGGCAGCUUAUAAAGCCGGAAAACUUCAUCGAAUCGUGUCGGAUACUACUGGUAUCAGAAUGUCAAAGGAUCAGAAAAAACGAGAAAUCAACUUCAUUCGUCAGUCGUUCUUUCAAGGACUUUCAAUGAGUGUUGCAUUGGUUUUCUAUCGCAUUACUGCUCCCAUGAUCACCGAUAAGAUUCUAUUAUGUCUGGAUGCCAACUUAUGGGCAUUCAUGCUGGCAUUUGAAGGUGGAAUAAUUCUGCUGUCAAAUCAGGAAAUGCUGAUGGCUGUGAAGAAAAAGAGGCACGGUUCGUUGGUUAAUUUCAUUCAGACUAAUCAUUCGAUGGUUUAUUUCAGAACUGAUAUCGUCAGUAUUCGCACUGGAAAUCUAGAUUAUGUUGUUUCAAAUCAUGGACGAAUGGAAUAA